AUCGACUUUGGAAGUAAAGGCAUAUUUGAUUACCGGCGCGACCUUGGAAUAUCAUACUUAACGAAAAUGGCACCUUCCAAGUCAGCUGCGGCGGCUCCCCCCUUCUCCAAGAACGAGAGGGUCCUCUGCUUUCACCAUGACAUGCUGUAUGAGGCAGUAGUUUUGGAAUCACGAGCAACGGAGGACAACACUUCCUGGCAAUACAAAAUCCACUACAAGGGAUGGAAACAUACUGUCAUUGAGAAGCACGGGGGAGAGAGCGAGAUGGAGGAGGGAGGUCGUCACUUCCAAAUCAAGACUGCUUGGUUGGAAAGCGAGGAACUUCGCUUCCACUUCGCCCUUCAUUUGCAUCUCCUCCUCAAACCCGCAUUCUUCAAUUUGCAUCUCCUUGGUGCGGGACUGCGAAAAAUGCACCGUUCCCUGAAAGACGUGGUGAACCCUCCUGACCAUGUGACGAAUAACCAGUGGGAUGAUUGGGUUCCUCAAGACCGAGUGAGAGAGUUCACCCCCGAGAAUAAGGAGCUCGCAGCGCAGCUCCAUACACAGAUGAAGGCUCUCCAAAAGAUUCCCAGAUCCGCGGUGAAGAAGGGCGGAAAGACAAACGGCUCCGACUUCAGUUCGACACGAGGCAGUGAGGAACGUCAUACCUCUGCCGCUGCACCAGGCGGAAGAGGACCACGGAGAAAUCGGGACUAUGAUUUGGAACAUGUCAGUAUUCCCCAAUUCACUUUCUUUGUGUUUGUUUUCGUUGAGAUCAUGGAUGCCGUCCUCAGCGUGUCGCUGACCCCCAUGACUUCGGCUGCCACACUACCACUUUCGUCACCCUCACUCUCCCCCCUCUCCUCAUUGGGGCCCUCCGGCGAUGAGGUCGACGAGUCUGAUGCAACUGAUACGGCAACACGCCCCCUAUCAAAGCGCCCUCGGGAAGACGAAGCACCCGUCUCUCCUCCAGCAAAACGUGCACGCCGCAUCAUAGCCAAGGAAGGUGUCGCUACUAGAAGUACUAAAACCGCCAUUGACGCUCCUUGGAGCAUACCUGGGAAUCCCGAAUGGGACGUCCAAAGAGUUCUCAAUACUGAAGACUUGAUGGUCGACGACUAUCUGCUUAAGCUCCCAGAUCGCAACUUCAGUUAUAUUGCCAAUAAUGGCCGACUUAAGAACCCUGAUUUCUAUGGUCAAUUUUCGCAAACGAAAACGGAAAUAAGGAAGAGAAUUCAUCCAAAGCUCCAGGAACAUAUCAACAAGAAGACCGACACCCCUGCUGUUUACCGAUACUACAAAGACUUGCCACAUAACAUCACUAUGCCAAUUGCUGGGAUCAUUUUUGAAGACAAACCUGCAGAUAUCGCACAAGUCAGUGGUCCCUCUAGUGAGGGUUAUCCGUCGGAGAAAGCUUCUGUGUCCCAAAAGCCCGUGGGCAUCACGAAACCUCGCAAAGUAGCAUGGGUAUUGAGAUCUCCCGAACCACAGUUGCAAGGUUCAGAGGUCGCUUCCGAGUCGGACAAUUGGCGAUUCACUUUAGUUCCGCUCUUUCCUGAUCGCAAAAGAUCUGAAAGGAAGCCUUUCGAGAAGGAGUUUAGCUGCGAGAUUAUUCGUAAUGCAAGACGGAAAAGCGGCCAAUUCUCUAACAAGAACCAGGAAGAAACAUUUCACGCUCGGCCUUCAAUCCAACUCCCUAUUCCCGACCACGUCAAGGCAAUCCUAGUCGACGAUUGGGAGAAUGUCACCAAAAACCAACAGCUCGUUCCCCUUCCUAGCACUCACCCCGUCAGCGAGAUUCUAGACGACUAUUACAAUUAUGAGAGCCCACGACGAGUGGAGGGUAGUUCUCACGCAGAUAUCCUGGAAGAAGUGAUCGCGGGCUUGAAGGACUACUUCGAGAAAUGUCUUGGACGCGUUCUUCUCUACAGAUUUGAGCGUGCUCAAUACACCGAGGUUCGCACUGCAUGGGGUAGCAGCCAAGGUCCACUAUCGGGAAAGAGUGCUGUUGAUACUUAUGGCGCAGAACACUUGUCUCGUCUUCUUGUCUCCCUCCCAGAAUUGAUUGCACAGACCAAUAUGGAUCAACAGUCUGUUAAUCGUCUUCGGGAAGAGCUCAUUAAGUUGACAACUUGGCUUGGCAAAAAUGCUGAGAAGUACUUUGUCAAGGAAUAUGAGACCCCAGGUGCAGACUACGUUGAGAAGGCCCGUGGCGGCGUUUAG